GUUCACGAACCCCGUGGUGAGCGUCAUCCACGUGGCCUAUGUUGUGCUGGCAGACUGCUUCUUCGACUGAACCAUGUCCACUAUACAUGUCCCUCUGCCAGUUCCAACUCAUCCUAACGUGCAGCCACCAGCGGAACUGACUGGCACAGCGAAAUCAGAGUAUGACCGUGUCUUUACCCACUUUGCAAACCCAGAAUAUUGUCUGCCCGGUAUAUCGUCCGAGAAGGCCUCCAAAUUAACGGAAGAAGAAUGCAUGUGGCUCUCAUAUGAAUGCAUCUUGCGGUACAUACGCGCGGCCAAACACGACGUUGCAACGGCCAUCAAACGUAUCGAGGAAACGCUGAAAUGGCGACGGGAUUUCGGUAUCUACGACACUCUUACCGCUGAACUUGUCGAGCCCGAGGCAGUGACUGGCAAGGAAUUCUUGUUCGGUUAUGAUACCCGUGGCAGGCCAGGAUUGUACAUGUGUCCCAGCAAGCAGAACACGGAGGAAGGACCUAGGCAGAUUCAGUUUGUGGUAUGGGUACUUGAGCGAGCCAUAGACCUCAUGGGCCCCGGUGUCGAAACGCUUGUGUUCAUGAUCGACUUCGCCGACAAAGCGAAAAACUCGAGUUUCUCUACUUCUCGCACAGUCCUGAAUAUCCUACAAUCGCACUAUCCCGAGCGAUUGGGUGCAGGGCUCGUAGCCCAUUUACCAUGGAUCUUACAUGCCUUUAUGAAGCUUAUUAUGCCAUUCGUAGACCCGUUGACACGUACGAAGGCGGUGUUCAACCCCGUGCAAGACGACCGGGGCCUCUGGCGGUCUGCUGAGGCUCGUGAUAAAGGUCAAAGCAACGACCCCAAAGAGCCCAAUGCACAGCUGUUCGAGCUAGAUCAACUCGUUCACGAUGGGUGGGGGGGCACGCAGAUGUUCACGUAUGACCACGAUAUCUAUUGGCCUGCGCUCGUGGAGAUGUGUGAGACGCGGAGGAAAGAUAUGGCUCGUAUGUGGCGGAAGCUGGGCGGAGCUAUUGGUAUUAAGGAAUGGGACGUCAAAGUGGGCGUACGGGAUGAAAAGGCAAACGAGGAGAAAGUUGGUGCGACAGAGGAGGCCAGCCAGUGAGAAUGUCUUCAUUGCUGGUCGAUACCAAUUCCGUAGACUAAUCGAAGUAGACAGCGACUCACAACAGACUGUUUGUAUUCUCUAAAAUAUAUGGCGCCCCUGGCCAACGAGAAUUGGUUGGUCGGCGUGAACGAUGACCCUGAACUUAUGUAGUUCGAUCUGAGACCUGUAGUUGUGUUGAUGAUG